UUCUCCUAGUAGUCUCUCUUUUUUGACUCAUACUCAUACCUAUCUUUAUGCCUCCUCAAAACACCGUGCCUAUUCAAUCCAACAAAAUGGGUGUCAAGGACGGAGAUCACUUUGACUUUAUUGUCGUCGGUGGUGGUACUGCCGGCAACUGUGUUGCCGGUCGUCUGGCUGAGAAUUCCAAGGUUCGAAUCUUGGUGAUUGAAGCUGGUGUUGGCAAUCCGGAGGAGCUUCCCGAGAUUACUACGCCAUCAAACGCCAUGAAUUUGCGUAACAGUGCUCACGAUUGGUCCUAUAAGACGACCAUGGUGAGGCGUGAUGAUUAUGAGCGUAUCGAGAAGCCAAAUACGCGAGGCAAGAUGCUUGGAGGAAGUUCGUCGUUGAACUAUUUUACUUGGGUUCCCGGAUGCAAGCCUACUUUUGAUCGAUGGGCUGAAUGGGGUGGCAAGGAAUGGACUUGGGAUCCUCUUGUUCCCUACCUCCGCAAGAGUGCCACCUAUCACGAUGAUCCUAAGCUGUACAAGCCAGAGCUUAAGAAGAUUGGUGGUGGUGGACCAAUUCACAUCUCUCAUGCCGAACUCAUCGAUGAGAUGGCUCCCUUCCGUGAUAACCUCACGAAGGCCUGGGUCUCACGCGGAGAGCCUCUUACAGAAAACAUCUACGACGGCGAGAUGAACGGACUUUACCACUGUGUCGAUACCAUCUAUAAAGGAGUGCGCUCUGGAAGUUACCUCUUCCUCAAGAACAAGCCAAACAUUACGGUUUUGGCCGAAACCCAUGCCAAGAAGUUGCUCAUUAACUACGCUGACCGAAUUUGCCGCGGUGUGCGAGUUAUGACUCCCGAUGGCAAGGACAUCAAUGUUUACGCAGAUCGCGAGGUCAUCCUCUCAGAGGGUGUUUUCGAGAGCCCUAAGCUCUUGAUGUUGAGUGGUGUCGGUCCUGCGCGUGAACUUGCCAAGUUUGAUAUUGACGUGAUUGUCGACUCGCGUCAUGUCGGCCAGAAUCUCAUGGAUCAUCCGGCCGUGCCUUUUGUGUUGCGCGUCAAGGAUAGCAUCGGUAUGGAUACCAAGGCUCUUCGACAGGGCCCUGAGAACCAGAGGAUACACGCAGCCUACAAGAAAGACCAUUCUGGACCUGUCGGCUCAGGGUUUUUGGAGAUGGUGGGGUUCCCUCGAAUCGAUAAAUAUCUGCAGAAUGAUGAGACCUACAACAAGGCCAAGGCGGCUAAUGGUGGACUUGAUCCCUUCUCUCCAGAGGGUCAACCUCAUUUCGAGCUCGACUUCGUGUGCCUUUGGGGCAGCGCAUUCCAAUGGCACUAUCCAUUCCCUAAGGAGGGUGAGCACACCACCGUCGUUGUGGAUCUUGUCCGUCCUGUUUCUGGCCCCGGCGAGGUUACUCUACGGAGCUCCGACCCGCUUGAGCAACCUGACAUCAAUCUCAAUUUCUUCGAAAGUGACCUCGAUAUCAUCGCCAUGCGAGAGGGUAUCCGUUUCAGCUAUGAUGUGCUGACCAAGGGUGAUGGCUUCAAGGAUUGCGUCAUAGCUGAGUCUCCUUGGGAGAUGCCUCUCCAUUCUGAGGAAGAGAUGAAGCGCGUCGUCCUGGAUCGCUGUCAAACCGCUUUCCAUCCCGUUGGAACUGCUCGAUUGAGCAAGAGUAUCGACCAGGGUGUUGUCGAUCCCGCUCUCAAGGUGCACGGUGUUUCUAAGCUUCGCGUUAUUGAUGCUUCUGUCAUUCCACUAAUUCCCGAUUGCCGUAUUCAGAACUCUGUGUACAUGGUGGCUGAAAAAGGAGCAGACCUGAUCAAGGCUGACCACAAGGACAUCUACUAAAUGACGGACAACAAUAGUGGGAGGAUUAUUUUGGGAAAGUACAUGAAAGGAGCCAAGAAACUAAAAAAAUUUCAAGUAAAUGGAAAACCAAAUAAUCGACUGUAGCGACAAUAACCACAAUCAAGAAUGCAGAGGUUAACCUUAAGGUAGCUCACUAGGUACCAAUAUACUUUUCAUUCUUUGAG